AUGCCUGUGACUGAUACGUGUGUACUCUGUGGAGGACAUGAAGAGGAUUUAAUGCAUCUUUUUCUCUCCUGUCCGUUUGCUCUUUCAUGUUGGUCACAAGUUGACUUGAUUCCCUCAGUUAAUGGUGUCUCUUCUUUUCUUGACUGGUUUUUCAUGUUCCUCACUAAUGUUGAUAAAGAAGUGGUGGGGCGUGUUGGGUCUAUCAUUUGGGGUAUAUGGAGGCAAAGAAACUCAUUGUUAUGGAAUAAUAGUGCCUCAUCUCCUACUCAAACAGUCUCUGCUAGCUUAUCGUUCCUAAAAGACUGGUUAGAUGCAAGAUUGGGUUCUGAUCAAAAGUUUUCUAAUGGAAAUGCCAACACUCAAGUCAAAUGGAGUAAACCUUCCCCGGGAAUGUUGAAAUGUAAUGUGGAUGCAGCGAUUUUCUCAGAACAUCAAACCAUCGGGCUGGGUGUGAUUCUACGAAAUGAAUUCGGCUCUGUUGUUGGUUGCUACUCUAAGGUUGUUAAUGGUGUGAGUUCUCCUAUGGAGGCUGAAGCUUUGGGGUUACGUGAAGCUGCAAGAUGGCUAUUGGAGCUGCGUGCUUCAAAUGUUAUAGUAGAAUUGGACGCUAAAGGUGUUUAUGAUGCAUUUUACUCUAAAGCACUUGAUAGGUCUGAAUUUGGCAUGCUUAUUCAAGACUGUAGAUCUCUAUUUUUAGAUCAAAGUUUUACUCUAUGUCAUGUGAAAAGGCAAGCUAAUGCUGCUGCUGAUGCUCUUGCAAAAGCAGCAAGCUCUUUUGCUAGCCCAAGUUUUUGGCGGGAUGCUCCACCUCUAUUAGGAGCUAUCUUAGCCUCUGAUGUUUCUAUUUCUUCUCAUUAA